AUGAUCGGCAUGCGCAGGAUCGGUCUGAUAGACCUCGGCGCGAGCGAAGUUUUAGAUUUGAAAAAUGGUUUUGGCAUUCCACAUGCUCUCAUAACCGACAAUGGUUUGCAAUUCACCGACCAGAAACUCAAUCGAUUUAUCCAAGAUCUUGGCAUUCAACACAGAUUUACAUCAGUCGAACAGCCGCAGUCCAAUGGACAAGCCGAAGCAGCUAAUAAGGUGAUACUUACUGAAUUAAAGAAGCGAUUAGGGGACGCUAAGGGAGCUUGGGCCGAACAAUUGUUAGAAGUCCUGUGGGCUUAUCGGUGCAUGCCUCAGUCCACAACUCAAGAAACACCUUUUAGGCUAACAUAUGGCACCGAUGCCAUGAUCCCUGUUGAAGUCGGGGAACCUUCCUUUCGGCGGCAACAUUUUGAUGAGACAACCAAUGAAGCAUCGCUCUGA